AUGAUAAAUGUAUUGCCAUAUGUGGUAGUCUUCCUCAAAAUUUCCCUUCUUUUUACAUGUAUUCAUUUAAAAAAUAUAUUUCCUUUUGUUUUUUCGAGUUUUUCGUUUUUUCUUUUUGUUUAUUUGUUUUCCUUCCUUUUGUAUAUCAUAGUGUCAUAUCGUAACCCAGGAUAUGUUACCACGUGCCCAACAAACUACAUAGAGAAAGAUAAUGCCAUACAAGUGAAAAAUAUUGUUAAAGAAAAAAAAUAUAAUGAUACAAAAGAUUAUAAUAAUAAUAAUAAAUUAAUAUAUGACACAUACAAUGAAUUAUCAUAUUUCUCAACGAACGAUAGUGGAACGUCAUGUAGUUUUUUUUCUUCAACCACAUCUGAAUGUUCCACUGACGAGCUUCUAAGCCUAACAAUUUUACACCAUAAAAAGAAAAAUACAAUAAUAACAGAAAAAUGUAUGAGAAAAAAAAAUAUAUAUAACCAUGGCUCUUACAUUGAUCAAGAUUAUAUUAUGAGAACUGACAAACAAAAGGAAAAACCUAAUCAAGUGAAAAGAAAAUAUAAAUAUUAUAAAUAUAAAAGAAAUGAUCAGCUUUAUAACAGAUGUAAUUUCUUUUUAAAUGAAAAAGAAAUAAAGUGUUCAUUAAAUGAGGACAAAGAUAUAGACACACAAAAUGUAGAUAGAAAUAUAAAAGAUAUAAACAAUAUAGAAGAUAUAAAACAUAUAAACAAUAUAAACAAUAUAAACAAUAUAAACAAUAUAGAAGAUAUAAAACAUAUUAAAAAACUUAAUAUGUUCAAAAUAAAUAUAACAAAAAAUAAUAUAUUUUUAUUUUAUAAAAAAAAAGUUUCCUAUUACAAACCUUUAUGCUUAAGAAACAUAAAUAAUAUUUUAAAUUAUUCCAAUAUAAAAUUAAAUAAAAUAAAUAAGCAUGAUAUUAUAUUUUAUAAAAAUAUAAAAACAAAAGAGAACAACAAGAAUAAUCACAUUUUUUAUUUAUAUCGUAAUAAGUUAUAUCAAUAUAAUAUACCACUACCUUAUUGUGAAAUAUGUCAUGUAUAUCAGAUAUUAAGAAGUAAACAUUGUCAAGUGUGCAAAAAAUGUGUGAGAACUUUUGAUCACCACUGCCCUUGGAUAAAUAAUUGUGUAGCUGAAAAUAACCGUAACUUCUUUUUAUUAUAUUUAUAUUUUGAAGUGUUCACUAUAUGGCACUCCAUCAAAUACAUUUCAUAUUCCGUGUAUCUUAUGUUAUAUGACGACAACGGAUUUUUAUUUGUGUGGUUCAUUAUAUUAAUCGUGACGAUGAUUUUCUUCUUUGUGAUGACUCUAUGCCUGAUCAUAUACCACAGCUAUUUAUGUUUGAUUAACGAGACGACGUGGGAAAAUAUUAACAGAAAAAAAAUUUGGUAUUUAAAAAAUAUAUCAGAAAAAAAUCACAAUCCUUUUUUUUUAGGUUAUAUAAAAAAUGCUUUAAUAUUUUUUUGUUAUAUACCUUUGCCCUUUAUAUUACUUGAGAAAAUUAGGAACUCUACUUUAGCUUUUUUUUUUACAUUCAAUAUGAUAACCCAUGGAAAAGAGGGUGAAAUAAUAUGGAAGAGGAAUAAAAAGUUGUCAUAUAGAAGUUGCAGUUAUGUAUAUCAUUGUGUUGAGACAUUUUCUAGGUUCAUGAGAAAAUACUGUUUAUAA